AUGGUUUUCAUCAGAAUUACUGAUUGUCAAUCAUUUCAAAGUUUAUUGGGAAAGGAAAGUACGAUAGAGGCCUCGGACCAUCUUUACCUUCAAUAUUUUUGCAACAUUCGACUUUGGAAACUGCGACUCGGUAAAUCAAACAUUCGGCUAAGUAACUCGAACAAUCAACUCAGUAACUCAAACAAUCCACUCAGUAACUCGAACAAUCAACUCAGUAACUCGAACAAUCAACUCAGUAACUCGAACAACCAACUCAGUAACUCGAACAAUCAACUCAGUAACUCGAACAACCAACUCAGUAACUCAAACAAUCAGGUCAGUAACUCAAACAAUCCACUCAGUAACUCAAACAAUCCACUCAGUAACUCGAACAAUCCACUCAGAUCUCAAACAAUCAACUCAGUAACUCGAACAAUCAACUCAGUAACUCGAACAAUCAACUCAGUAACUCGAACAAUCAACUCAGUAACUCAAACAAUCAGUAACUCAAACAAUCCACUCAGUAACUCGAACAAUCCACUCAGUAACUCGAACAAUCCACCCAGUAACUCAAACAAUCCACUCAGUAACUCGAACAAUCCACUCAGAACUCAAACAAUCAGUAACUCGAACAAUCAACUCAGUAACUCGAACAAUCAACUCAGUAACUCGAACAAUCAACUCAGUAACUCGAACAAUCAACUCAGUAACUCAAACAAUCAGGUCAGUAACUCAAACAAUCCACUCAGUAACUCGAACAAUCCACUCAGUAACUCAAACAAUCAACUCAGUAACUCGAACAAUCAACUCAGUAACUCGAACAAUCAACUCAGUAACUCAAACAAUCAGGUCAGUAACUCAAACAAUCAACUCAGUAACUCAAACAAUCCACUCAGUAACUCGAACAAUCCACCCAGAACUCAAACAAUCUAA